AUGGUUCUUUCGAAACUCCUUCUCGCUUGUUUGGCCGUCACGGCAAACCUGGCAAAUGCUGAAGUUGUGGCUGGAAGCACUCCGCUGGUGAAGUAUUCCAGCUGCAAUAAGAUGCAGCAAAACCAAAUCUACGAGGCCUGGUUUGAUGCUCUUAAAAUUGCUAAUGAAGGCAAAGGUGGUUUUGGUGAUUGGAAGGGAGAUGCUGAGAUUGAAUAUUUUGGCCCUCCUGCCUUAAAUCAUCCUUAUCAACGCGGUAUUCAAGACCUUCUUACGAGGGCAGCGGGGCUUUAUAGGCCAUGGUGGUUUAAGCCUACUCUAUCAAGGAUUCACGCGCGCUGCGAUGACUGGGAGAACAAAUGCCAACAGAGAGGCCUGGCUGUGUAUUCUUCGCAUGGCUGUACGGAGGGUGAAGCAAUCUGUAUCAACUUCUGCGAUGGAUUCUUCGAUCUACCAUCAUUGAACGAUGUCAUCAAUACGGCCCGCCCAUUGAAAGAUGAUGACAUUGUCAAAUUACAUAUGGCAACGUACCAGUCAAGAGGAUCUUCUAUGUUGCAUGGACUCUUCCAUCUUCAAGAUGUUUCAUGGCCCAUACACCGGCCCACUGACCGGCUAGUGCGUUUUGAGACGCAUGAAGGCAAAACGGUUAUGGCUCCGGCUAUUGGCCCGUAUUGGACAAAGGUCGUUGCUCGGGUCGAUCUCCUCAACACGAACAAUACUUCUGGAUUCCCAAUAAACACCGACAACUUGGUACAAUACUCCGUCGCCAAAUAUAUUCAUAAAAAUUUGAACGUCCACCCAUACUACCCGAUAGCUCUCAGCAAAACCCUCGGGCAAAAUAACGAAACCCAGGGGCCAGGUUGGGAAGUAAUCGAUGGAAAACUCCAGGGUAAUGGAACACUCAUAAGCGGACACAUGCUGUCCGCUGUUGAUACGCAGCCUCUCGAAUGGAAUAACGAUACCAUUGCGCCAUUUGAUCAAGUAUUCAACGAUCCAAACUAUUUAAGCCACGUUGUCUUGCCUCUGGAAAAGUUCAUCGAGCAUGACAGGUACCCCCAAACGUUCUUUACCGGAGGCCGUAUGGAAACGAGCCCUAAUGGCAGCCCCCAACUCACACCCAAGAGCAACUAUACCAAAGGUGAUGAGAACUUACAUUGCGCCAAUGAAGAGAUUACGGAUGAAGGAUACGUGACUGUCCAAUUCGCAGAAGAAAGUAUCGAUGACGCCUGCUCCAAGCUCAAAGACAUUGCCUUGGGCCCAAAAAACACUGGAAUCCAGAAUUCGUAUGAAUUUAUUGAUGCAGAGAAACAACACAGUGCUCUUUGGGCUGGUGCCUUUUGGAACACUGGUGAUGUAGGAUGCCAAACAGAUCGCAACGUUGCUGAAGAUGAAUGCAAGGAGCAGCUCCGAGAGUGCCUGAACGGCUGCCAGGUUGACACAACUUCAGUAAAGAAGGGAGGCUCCAGGGUAAACAAUUGCAUAAUUUACCGCCUUGGGGUUGAACGCAAUCCUACCUUGUAA